AUGCGCAUUCGCAUCCGCGAACAGUUAUGCCUCCUCAUCACUGUGACUACCUUGCUGGCAUUGACCGUCUUGGCCGUAUCAACAUGGGUCCAGACAGCCCGCUUCAUGAGGCGAGUCAGAUCGGAAACGCUCUGUGUGACCGCCAGUCUCAAGGCCACUCAGCUCGCAGAAGAGCUUGACAUGCUGAAAGACUUGGUACAGUCCGUGUCAACCCGUGAUACACUGCAAGAGUAUGUUCAUCAAUACAGCAAGGGAAAUCAUUCAGAGCAAGUCUUGAAAAGUAUUCAAGUUGACCUGGAACACGCCCUAUCAGGAGGGGCUGACCGAUCAAUCUUCCUCCAGGCUGCAGUCUUCCCCCCCGUUGCCGAUUCUCGCGACCAACAGUAUUCGAUCGUGAAUGUGACUGGAAUGGAAAUUCCGAGUACAGUCGAUCUGCCUCGCUGCCACGAAAAUGGGACAAGCUUGUGUCUAAGCGAUGACGGCUUCGUCUACCCGCCUGAACUCUAUCCAAACUUCACCUACAGCGACGAGAUGUCCAAUGUGACCCAUGUGUAUUACGAUGACAAGCCUUUGUUCCACGACUCGACUUUAGUGCUAGGACCUCUAGUUCUCGACACAAACACCUCGCUGGUCUCAAUGACGGUCGCAAUUAAUAGUAAGAGGCUUACUUUCCCUAGUGACAUCCUCGGCUGGCUGACGAUCGUGCUUGAUGCUGAAAUCCUUUAUGAUAUCACCACUUCCCGAGUUGGUCUGGGAGACACUGGUGAGGUUGUCGUCAUUGGAGCUACGCCACCAACCAACAAAUUCGCGGAACAGAUUGAUGGUCGCUCGGAAUCGUUGAAUGAAGAUGUUCCCGUCCACUUUGUCUUUCCUCCCUCUCCAGAUCGUCACCCGACCCGGGCCAACGACACUCAGCUGCCCUUUUUAAUGAAGGAUUAUCCCGCAGUGCUUGCUGCGUGGUCGGAAGAUAAUGAAGAACUCAACAACGCCGGUGCUAUCAUGGCCAGUCGUAAUGAAGAGAACUUCCGAGUCUCGGUGGGUUAUGCUCAAGUUACUUCGCCUAUGGUCGACUGGGUUUUGGUCUUUGCUCAAAGCCGGGGUGAAGUCUAUGCGCCAAUCAACAGCCUGAGGAAUACAGUUCUGGCGUGCAUCCUUGGCUUGGGAGGCGGCAUAAUUGUGAUAUGUUUCCCUAUUGCCCAUUACGCGGUGAAACCGAUCCAUGCCCUGAAACACGCCACCCAAAACUCGGUCAUGACGUAUGAAGCAUAUGUGCCAUCCGAAAAGUCCUCCGAUACCGAUACUGAACACACUGUUAUCGACGGAGCAGCUGCAACAACAGAAAAGGGCCACGUGCCUCGAGUCCGUCAGCGCUCGGAAAAGAGACAGGCCCGUUCCCGCGCAGUUAGACGAUUUCAAAUCCCAGAGAGGGUACCGGAACACCGCCAUAUAAUAUUUGAUGAGCUGACGGACCUUACUGCCACGUUCAAUGAGAUGUCGGAGGAGCUCGCGCUUCAAUAUGCCAAACUCGAAGAACGAGUAAGAAGUAGGACUGCAGAGCUUGAACAGAGUCGCAACGCCGCCGAGACUGCUAACCAAAGCAAGACCCUGUUCAUAGCCAAUGUGUCUCACGAAUUGCGAACUCCGUUGAAUGGCAUCAUCGGCAUGUGUGCUGUAGCGAUGCAGGAAGAGGAUAUCGUGAGAAUUCGGGGGUCGUUGAAAAUCAUCUACAAAUCAUCUGAUCUUCUGCUUCAUCUUCUGAAUGACUUGUUGACAUUCAGUAGCAGCUCCUACGGCCGGAAACUGGCGAUUGAGGAAGGCACUUUCCGUCUUGUCGAUAUUGGGACGCAGCUGGUGUCGAUUUUCGAAAAGCAGGCGAAUGACGCGAAUAUCAGUCUCAGGGUGGUCUUCAUUGGCGCACAACGAGACAAUGAACUGGAUUUGGAUGCUGUCCAGGACACUAUUGUUGCACGGGGAGACACAAUUGGCAAUCUAGCUAGGAUCAAAACAAGCAUGCUUGCGAAAGGACCUGGGGACACUGGAGCCCUGCGCGAAAUUGGUCUUCGAGGCGACAAGAAUCGUAUUCUACAGAUUCUAAUGAAUCUGGUAAGCAAUGCGCUCAAGUUUACGCCUUCUGGGGGGUCUAUUGAAGUGAGAAUCAAGUACCGGCAGCUCAUAGAGUCAGCCGCAAUGCCCGAGGUCAUCUACUCGAAUCGAGGAUCGCCAGCGACUACGCUGACCAAUCCCUCGAGCUCCAAGGCCCCUACUGAAAUGGAGCCGUUAGUUUCGUCUAUGCAAGGACUCAUGUUUGACUUUGUUGUGGAAGAUACUGGGCCAGGCAUUCCAGAGCGCUUGCAGCAGGAGAUAUUCAAGCCUUUCGUCCAAGGCGAUGUGGCCUUGAGCAAGAAACACGGUGGCACAGGACUGGGCCUGGCGAUUUGCUCACAACUUGCAGAGCUCAUGGGCGGGACGAUCGUUCUUAAAAGCACGGUCGAUAUUGGGAGCACGUUCACCCUUUCUCUUCCUCUACGUUAUACCAAGGAGCAUGUCCCGUCGGUAUCUGGCUCACUUGCUCGACCUCACUCGAACAAAGCUGCCAGUCUGGUGAACAGCGUCCAGUUUGAGACGUUCAGCGCACGAUCUCGAAUGUUUCGAGAGAUGCGUUCCGCACGUUCCACUCGUGCCUCGUACUAUUCUCAGGACAAAGAGUCACAAUUGGAUGCUCCACGGUUGGUGGGAUUCUCUCAGCCUUAUCUUGUUGACGGCGAUCAAGGAAUGGAGCCUGCUGAUCUCACGACAAGUCCAACUCUACAUAACCAUCGACAUAAUUCGGAUCCUGAAACAUCAAGGCUGGAACCUAUCCAGUCCGUCGCUUCCCCCCUCCAAACACCGUUUUCUGAGAUUUCAAACACACAAAAGGAAAAGCAAAUUCAACCAAAAGAUUCCGGUCCCUCCACGGCUCAAAGGCCUCCCGAUCUGCUGAAUCUCAGAAUUCUGGUGGCCGAGGACAAUAGUGUGAAUCAGCAGGUCAUCCUGCGGCUCCUUGCUCUUGAAAAGGUAGGCGAUGUCACGUUGGCAGAGAAUGGCGAGGAAGCUGUGGAAAAGGUGCAGCAGUCCCUCGAAGCCGGUGCACGGUUUUCAUUGAUCUUCAUGGACAUCCAAAUGCCUAAGAUGGACGGCAUCGAAGCUACCAAACAGAUACGAGGAAUCGGCUGUGACGUACCGAUUGUGGCAUUGACGGCGUUUGACCACGAAACAAAUCGGAACGCGUGUCACGCUGCGGGAAUGAAUGGUUUUCUUCCCAAGCCGAUCAAAAGGACUGCUUUAAAGAAAGUUCUUGAGCAGUACAAGCCUGUCAACGAGAACGAAGCAAACGAAAUUUGAGACACAUCCUAGUUGCAUUAUUCAGAAUGAGGAUUGCAUUGAUUUCCACGAAAACAUGUCAUAUACUCGGAGAUUUGGAGUCAUUGUUAUGUGGGGAGAGUGGCGGAUUUCUGGCAUAUUCCUCUCACUGUAUCUUGCAUGUCCAGGCACAAAAUUUGGCUACUGUCUACCAAAAU